AUGAACCCCAGAGAGAGCGGAGGAGGAGGAGUGGAGGCCAUGGAGACCCAGGCGGGAGGGCUGGCGUUGGGGGAGGAGGGUGGCAAGGCCAGCCAUGGAGGAGAUGGAGAAGAGGGGGAAGAAGACAAGGCCUCAGCCUACGACUGCAACGUGUGUGGCCGGAGCUUCCCCUUCCAGAGCUCUCUGUCGCAGCACAUGCGGCGCCACACAGGCGCACGCCCCUACAAGUGUCCCUACUGCGACCACCGUGCCUCCCAGAAAGGCAACCUCAAGGUCCACAUCCGCAGCCACAAGCUGCGCACACUCACUAGCCACCACCCCGAGGAGGCGGAGGAUGGGCCAGAGGAGGAAGAGGAGGGGUCAGGUGAAGUGGGUGUGUCCGAGGGCCUGGACGGUGGAACCAGUCCGACGAAGAGCAGCUCGGCCUGUAACAGGGUCGUCAACGGAGACGCUAACACAGAAGAGGGCAUAGGGAAGACGGCGGUGAGGAGCGUCAAAAGGGAGAAGUCGAGCUCUGAGCAGCGGCCAUAUUGCUGCCGUCUGUGUGGGUACCAGACCCAGCGCGAGGACCAACUCCUCAGUCACAUCGAGAAGGUCCACAUCACAGCCGACAUGGAGGACGAGACUAACCCAGUGAGUCAGGAGGCAGUGGCAACGGAGGGAGAAACAGGGACUCAGGUCACUGAUGGGGCCUUCCCCUGUGAGACGUGUGGCCAGGUGUUCACACAGGCCUGGUUCCUUAAGUCCCACAUGAAGAAACACGCAGGCCUCCUUGAGCACUGUUGUCGGGUGUGCGGCCGCCGUUUCAGGGAAGCCUGGUUCCUCAAGAGCCACAUGAAGACCCACACUGGCUCCAAGGCCUCCGGCCGGGGGAAACCCAAGGCAGACUCCCAAGAGGCCGCGGCCACCAUCAACGACGUGGCCCAAGACCCAGAGACCAAUGUGACCUCCACAAACCUUUACCAGGUUUGCUCCAAGUGUGGCAACCUGUUCCAUGACAGAGAGAGCCUGAGGACCCACGAGAAGGUCCACAACCAGGCUAAGCAGCCAACACAGGGCCAGAGACGACCUAGUGAUGACGGGGACUCUCCCAGUGCCAAAAGGCGCCUCCUGGACUACCUCAGCCUCCGCCCAGCUGCCGAAGAAAAGCCCCAGGAAGAGAAGAGGCGCUUGGGCCAGAGAAUCCCCGAGCUGGACCCAGUUUGUAGCUACCAGGCCUGGCAGCUGGCUACUCGGGGCAGGGUUCUGGAGCCUGUGGAGGCAUACAGUAUAAAGGCUACGGCAGGUGGAGAAGGGGAUGAGGUCCUGGCUGGAGGGACCGUGGUGUACGAGAAGGAGAGCAGCCGCUACAUCCUGGAGGGCCAGCAGAGGGAGAGACGCUCAGGGAGACGCAGCAGCACCAGCGGGGGAGGGGGUAGUAGCCACUACACCUCCCCAGGGGAGCACACCCCCGAGAGCCUGAGCGACUCGGAGUACCGUCCCUCCUCCCGCCAGGGCCGACGUCCCUCGUCCUUCCAGCAGAGCCAGACCAAGUCCACCGAGUGCUUUGAGUGCGGAAAGGUGUUCCGCAGCCGCCACCAGAUGAUUGUGCACCAGCGGGUCCACCAGAGGCGAGACGGGGGCAGGGGUUCCGGGUCCGGAGGGGACAACAGGGCAGGGCAAGGAGUGGACCGCUGGGGAUCCACCAGUGACCCCGAAUCAGGCUCUCCCAGCAGGCCCAGCACCCCAGGGUACGGGAACUCACCACCAGCCUCCACCCUGGGAGAGGACGCCCCUGAGAUGAGCACCGCCGAUGCAGUCCAACUGGCAGAUGAGAAGCCUUACGUCUGCAGCCUGUGUGACUUUGUCAGCACGGAGUCCUCUGCCUUCCUGUCCCAUCUACGUCUCCAGCACACCUGUGACGGCCGACCCAUUCCCAACCCCAGCUCCAGCUCUGAGAGAGGCACCCCCAGUAGCUUCCCCAAGCUGAAGAGGGCCCUCCUCGACGGGCUUGCUCAAACCUCUGCCCCCCACCCUUACCUCUCUGCCCGGCCGUCGAGAGACAAAUGCACCGACGGGAGCAGUUCACCCACUGACCCUCACCAUAUUGCUCCUCUGGACCUGUGUGUGAGAGCCGAGGGUCACAGGGGCCCGGCCUCCUCAGCCCUUCAGCAGAAGGGCCUGCCCAGUCAUAAGUGCUCCUACUGCUCCCACUCCACCCACUACCUGGAGGUGCUGUGGAUGCACCAGACUGUCGCCCAUCGCAUCAACAGCAGUGCCCUGGCCCCCAAAUGGGCCCUCCUGAAGAAUGGCUUCAAGGGCCCCCGAGAGGGUUCGUCCUCCAGGAGACGCACGGGCCCUCCUCCCGCUCUGGAUGGGAGGGAGUGUCCCCCGUUGCCCCCUGUGGUGCGCACCCCCCGCACACGCCCCCCAUCGUUGAAUGGGGGCCAGAAGAAAGACGUCAGGGACAGGGCAGCCAGUCAACCCAGCACCUCUUCCUCCUCCACACAAGGAUCCUCCUCCUCUGCCUCAGGCUCCCAGAGUGUGCGGCCUCCCAGGGCAGGCAGCAGACAGAGAGGCGAGGCUGUGCCGGAUCAGGGCCAGCGCUCUCGCUCUAACUCCAGGCCCAGGGUGGAGAUCUACCCACGGGGAGGCUCCUUGACCGGCUCCCUGGAGAAGAGCACUGCGGCCGGGGCUCCCCAGCGACCCUCAGCCCCUAGCCCCAGUGUUGGAGGAACCACCAGGCUGGUGGAUAGGUACAUGUUGCCUCAGGAAGGCCUUGGAUUCAUGCUGUCCAGCAAACAUGGCCUGGCAGAGUACAGCAGAGCCAGGAGCUCGCCUCAGCCCCAGCCCAAGUCCAGCAGCUCCCAGUCUCACCCCCAGUCCCAGGGCAGACCCAGGGCAGAGCGCCCAGCCCACAACACCACCACGGCAGGCCAGGGCUAUGGAGCCUCCCACUCCCAGACACUUGGGAGCGCUGUCCAGGUAUCCUCCACCUCUUCCUCCUACCCCUCCUCAGCCCAGCAUGCGGAGGUGAAACAGGAGGAGGCACGGGGGGUGGAGACACCAGAGCUGCCCAUGGACAUCUUGAGCUUCCUGAAGAACUGUAACUCCAAUGACCUGGCGACGCUCUACCACCGCUGGGGUGCCGCCAACCCCCUCCUGAACCCCACAGGGAUGCUGAGGUCUCCGGUUCGACAAGGGGAAUACGGCUGCCAAGAGUGCGGGAAGAGCUUCAGUCAGCCCAGUCACCUCCGCACACACAUGAGAUCCCACACAGGGGAGAGACCGUUCCGGUGCCGCCUCUGCCCGUACCGAGCCUCUCAGAAAGGGAACCUAAAGACCCAUGUCCAGAGUGUCCACCACGUGCAUUUCGACAACGCCCAGUACCCUGAUUACAGACCACCGGGACUGGGCCCCGAGCAGGAGGAGGAGCAGGGGGACUGGUUCUCACCCACCACCACCAACCCACCCCGACCUAAUAACAGACCCACCAGCGUGACAUCCCCAGGGCCUAAGAUAGAGAUAGAGACUCCAUCCAUAUUCCCAGAUGUGUCAGAGACACCACCUGACAGAGUGACAUCAGAAUGAACUCACCCCUAUUGCCCUUUUAGAUGAAAUAUUACCAGGACUAUUUGAAAUGUGUUUAAAAAUAAGAACUAAAAGGAUUUCUUGGAAAGAGAAGAGAAAUCGGACACUGUGCAACCAAAUGCUGUUUUUUUCCUCUGUGGAAAUGGGCAAGGAUGGCAUGGUGGCAUAGCGACGCCCCUAUAGCUUUCCAUUGUCCUAUUUUCCCCCCAUUUGAUUUAGAUUGUGAUGAAAUGGUUUUGUGCAUUCCUCAGGACACUGAUCCCUUAAUAACACACGGCAGAAUGGAGCAGCCAAGUUGGUGAUGUUUACACUGACUGAACUGAACUCACUUAGCUAACCCUCCGAUUGCAGCUGACUUGACAAGCUCAAGACGGUGUGUGUGUGUGUGUGUGUG